AUGCAAGGCAGGGAAGUUGCUAGGAACUUUAUGCUGUCUGAAAGUCAUUUCAGUCGAAUAUUUGCCACCUGGAUAAACUUUCUUUUUCGCAAGCUUAACGAGAUAACUGUUUUUCCUGAGGUUAAGGACGUGCAGCCCACACUGCCAAAGUCAUUUCGUGGAUUCGAAAACACCAGAUUGCUGCUAGAUGCCACCGAAGUGCGCAUUCAAAAGCCCUCCUCACUUAAUGCACAGAGGCAGACUUUUUCAACAUACAAACACUACAACACUUAUAAAGUGGUUAUUGGCUGUACUCCAGACGGGUACAUAUCUUUUGUUUCUAAGUUGUGGGGAGGACAAGUCUCAGACGGUGUGAUCAUUGAGGAAAGUGGCCUGCUAGAUCUCCUUGAACCAGGUGAUACUAUCAUGGUGGAUAAAGGAUUUACUUUCCCAGCAUUGCCACCACACAUUAAACUCUACAGGCCUCCAUACCGUCAAAGUCACGAGCCACAGAUGAGCCGUGAAGAUGUUGCAGAAACCAGGCGUGUGGCAUGUGCAAGAGUGCGCGUUGAAAGGGCGAUCCGCAGAGUGAAGUCGUUUCAUAUUCUGGAUAAGCCUUUUCCCAUUAGCAUGAUAGAUAUUGCAGAGCAAGUGUUCCAUGUAUGUUGUUUUCUUAGCAAUUUUCGUUUGCCACUUAUCAAUGACCGGUAG